CACAGAUUCGUGGAGCAAAAAAAAACCAAAAAAUUUCUACUUCGUGUUUUGUUUCCAAAUCUGCAAAUUUUGUUAAAAAGAACCAUAAUCCCCCUUAAUCAAUUCAACAAAUUUAUAAACAUAAUGUUAAUUUAUUCAUACAAAACAAAUCUAAACUAACAAUUGAUUAAAUAACAAACCACAAACAAGCCUUAAAUGAGAAUCUAAUCGCGAAGCAAAGAAGAAAAAUCAUUAAACAAAAUAUUGCACCUAAAACACACACAUAAUAAAUUCUAUUCUAUUCUAUUCUAUUUAAUUUUUUUUCCAAUUGCAAUUUACAAAUGAGAAUAAUUAUGAAUUUAAUUUGAGGAGUAUUUAAUGAAGAAGACAAGACAAAUACUAAAUGAUAUUUGGACUUGAUGAUAAGUGGGCAUAACUCCUGCCAAUGAAAUCUACGGUCAGUUAUAUGUUAUCGCAUGGAUCUGGAGAGCCCGUAAUGUCUCGUCCGGAUUACGAACAGUCUUGUUAUCAUCACGGCUGUUUGCUGGUGCUACUUCGUGGUAUUGGCGAUGCUAAGCCACGAUCCCUUCAGCGAAUAUUCGAUCGUGUGAGGAAAGUCAAUAAUGUUAAGAUAACAGAUGCUGGUACAAGUCGUGAAAUCUGGCUGCGGUAUAUCCAUGACCAUCCGGUGGAGAAUAACGAAUGGGGGGACUUUCAAACACACCGACGUUUGCUGGGACUCAUUACGAUUGGAAAAUUCGAAAAGCAAUCCGAGCUUAAUGAACUUUGCCUUCAACAUGACUCCCUCAAAGGCACUUACAUGACAACACUUUAUGAUUCACGUGCAAUUCUCUUUGGACCACCAGCCCCAUCAUCAGCCCCUCAAACACCUAAAACUCCAAACGAAAACGAAGAAGAAGAAAAAGAAAAAGAAAAAGAGGAGCCCUCUCAAAGCUCAAAACUCCAAAAUGAAUUUACCACUCCUCCAAAUUUCAAAAGCCGAGCUAUCUUAUAUCGUGAAAAUGAUCCCUGCGCUGAUCUGGAAACACUCAUAACCGAAUUUGCAAAUUCACUCUUUUGGGUAUUGGAUGCUAAGCGAUUGGAUAGAUCUAGAGAAAAAGUUGAAAAAAUUCAACUUCUCUUUGCACCGUUCGAGAAAAGAGAUUUUGUCGGAAUCGAUUUGGAAUCACGCAACGGUCGUAAGCGAUGCGUGGGUCGGGUUACCAAAAAUCUGGCCGACUUAUCUCUCCAAGCAGGCCUUGUAGGCGAUGCGUUAAAUUUAUAUCACAAUGCUUGUGAAACUCUAAGUGCCAUAAAAGAUUCACUGUGGGCUGGUGCUUCGGAAGAGGGUCUAUGUGCUGCAUCGGCCAUCCUCCUGUACCCACAAUUAAGGGAAAUUGAAACGUUGCAUCGAAAUGCAAGCCUCCAAGAAGGCAGUGCUUCGCCAUUGAAAUCGACGCCAGAGAAAUGGCGUGCCAGCGAUCUUACAAAGAAAGUCAUCCUCGAACAUCAGAACUCAAAUGAACAGCCUCAGAUCACAUCGAAUUCAUCGUCUACUUCGUCAGUGUCAUCGCUCUUGACUUCCUCAUCCUCUAAUUCAUCAUCGUUGUCAUCGUCAGCUUCGAUGGCAGGACGCACUGAUUUGCCUGGAUGCAUUUUGAAGCCCGACGAAAUAAGCGUAAAGUAUCGAAAAGCUAUAAUCAAUUAUAGCAAGUACAGGUCUGCGGCUGUUGUGGAAACUGAAGCUUCCUUAAAGGCGGCUCGCAUUUGCAUCGAACAGAAUAAAAACUUGGAUGUGACUUCUUUUUUGCAAAAUAUACUCUCGAUCAAUUUGAACAUGAGCGAUCAGGAUCGUGUGAAAAGAUUCGAGGUCGUGACUAGUUUGUACCAGCAAAUUGGAUAUCGCCGGAAGGCUGCGUUCUUUCAACGAAUGGCAGCUUGGAAGCAUGUUGGAUGUGGACAGCAGAAUCCCGAAUGGGCACAAAAUUAUCGCUUGAUGUUGGAGAGCUUUCCCGGUUACAUGUUGUCACUCGAUCCUUUGGAGGUGAUUGAAAAUAACGCAGGGUGGCCAGCACUUCAGAUAGAGCAGGUGCAGUCUUUGAUAACAGCCGCAGGAAGAUUGGGGCAUUCAGCGUUGGCCACACGACACAUGACAUUCCUCUUGCAGACGCAGUGGGAUAAUAUGACUCCAACUGAACAAAGUAAAAUGGCUCAAGAUCUUCAAAAACUCAGUGCUCAAUGUGAAGGUUCACCGGUGCCAUUGGUGCUAGACAAUGGUACUGUAAUUCCUCCAGCAAAUCUAACCGACAUCCCAUAUUGCUUGGACUUGACACUGAAGGAUCUACCUUCGCACUUGCGGCCACAGCAAAUCAAAGUGAUCAAAGUCGAUAGUGGUCCAUUUUUGUUCACACCCAUUCAUUUUAGUUCAAUAGACCGCAGGGAGAAGAAAAAAGAUAAAAAUAAAAUUUCAUUUUUUUGGGUUCAAAAUGACCUUUCCGAGAUCACAAUCAAAGUGCGCAAUCCGCUGCCCUUCGAACUACAAAUUUGUGAUAUGCGACUUCUGACCAAUGGUAUUGUGUUUGAAUCUCUACCGCAGACAGUUAAACUCCAGCCAUCGGUGCCCACACCAAUAACACUCCACGGCACCCCUAUCGAAGUGGGUCAAUUGGAAAUCCAAGGCUACAGUACUCAUACAUUGGGUGUUAAAUCGAAUUGCCGUCUGAAACACAUGCGCAACCGCAAUUUCCCCCAAAACUAUCUAAUUGAAGUCAUCCCAGCAUUACCCCGAAUAAGCAUCAAGACAUCCCUCCCCCAGACGGCGACAUUUUCCACAUUGGCCAACUCAGAAACCGUCAUAACUUCGGCUAGUCUAACACUCUACAAUGGCGAGAGCGCAGAGUGUACCAUUACAAUUAUCAAUGACAGUCCUAUGCCAGUGGAGCACUUGGAAAUGACCAUCAGUUCGAAUGUCGACCAAGCAUCUCAGUCCAGAAUAUUUCACAUUGACGAAGUCGAGCUGCAAUCUCAGUUGCCCAUUCCACCAAAGAGUACAAUCGAUUUUCCCGUUCGUAUAUUCGGCGAUGCCGACUUCAUAUGCCCAUCGAUAAGUGGGCGUGCUGCCUCGGUGCAUUCUGGAGCUACGACCUAUGUCGGUGGUGGCCAACAUCAUCAUUAUGAUGGGCCGCAAUCGCUUGGUUAUUCGACUGUCUCUUCGGGACAUGCGAGUUUACCAAGUCGCGUCAGUUCGCCAACACCACAACAACAUCAAUACAGUGGAGCGGGUCGGCGCAACGAUACACAAACAUCGAGUUUUCGUUCCUCACAAUCGGGCGGUCAUUCUUCUCUAGCCACAUUAAGCCUUCCCCAACCGUCCAAUAGCAACGUUGGCCAGCAUGUCGAAGCUCAGUUUAAAAUAAAAUAUUCAGGCGGAGAUGCGAUGCGUGAGGGCUAUUGCCGGCAAUGUGCAAUUUCUUUUAUCGUCGAGCUUAUGCCAAGUGCUCAAAUUACCAGUUGGGAUGUACUGCCAGCCGAGAUACCCUCGCAGUUCUAUCUUGUUCUGGACGUAUCGAAUUUAACUGCUCAAGAAAUGUCGCUCAACUAUACCAAUAAUAAAAAUAUUCUUAUAGAGGCCAAGGAAAGCUGCAGGGUACCAAUACCAGUUGAUAGGUGUUCAUUGGAGAGUCUUUGUAAAACCGAAGAAGAGAAACCAGAAUCAGAGGAAUCAGUUCAUAUGAAUAUGAAUGCACAACCCUCGUAUAGUGAUAAAAUUAGUAAAUUGUGUUCGGAUCAUAUUGCGGAACGUGUUAAUAUUAGUUGGCUUUUGACUGGAACUGAAAUUCAAGGAAUAGCAUCUUUAAAAGGAAUAAUACUUACUCCUGCCAUGAUUGAUCUUACAACAGUUGCUCCUUUACAAUGGACUGUUGCAAUUCAAAAUACUCCAGUGGAGCCUCAAUCCGAAGUUGUUUGUACAGCUGGCCAUAGUUUAACCUUAAGUAUAACGGUGUGUAAUCAAUCAGUUACACCACUUAAACAUUUAGCUUUGACAAUACAAUUCUAUCAAGACUAUAAAAAUGGAAUUGAAAACUAUAAUCUAGAUGUUAUUAUGUCUGGACCUCAUCAAAAAUCAAUUCCAUUAUUAGAAAAAAAUGAAGAAGCCCAUCAUGAGUGUACGGUGAUGUUUUUUACUCCUGGUAUUUAUAAAACCAAUAUCCAGUGUCGAUCCCUUCCCCCACAAGAUAGACCAACUGUUUCGGCUUCAACGGCAGCAACGGCGACUUCGAGGGCAUUCGAUGUUGCUCCGACCGCGACGCCGGGUCAAUUAGAGCAAUCAGCAUACCAAAAUUUCGCCAGUUACCAUGAAAGCCAACAACAUGCAUGGAAAUUCAUUCCACCCAUCGAGGUGACAGUUCUUGAGCAAUAAAUUUGUGAUCAUAUUAUCUUUUUUUUUUCCUCUGUUAUUCAUUCUUUGAACUCUUCUUGUUCUUUGUUUCUAUCUAAAAUUUGUCUUAAUAAUAAUUUACUCAGAUUUGUAAAUAAAUCAGAAUAUUUUUUUUGUUGUUUAUAAAUGUUUUAGUUAAGUUGUGAUUAUAUAAAUAUUAAAGUAAAAAGUUAUUUGUUUUUCCCCAAAACCAAAUCCAAUACACUGAGCUUAUUAUAUGUACUCUUUAAAACGAAAACAAUAAAAAGAUUUGAUUCCUGAAUCUUUUUUAAAAAUAAUAAUUAUUAAAGAAUAAAACUAUAUUAUUAUUGUUGCUAUUUUUAUGAAUUUUGUUAAUAAAAUAAAAAUACUCUACGGUUAAGAACCCAUAUUUCUUUUUUGUAUUAUUUUGUAUCCUUUACAUAAUUUUAUUAAGUUAGAAACAAAAAUAAACAAACACAGGAAAUUAUAAAACGCAAUUAGCUAAAUAUAUAUUUUUAUAUUGCGAUAAACUAAAUAAACAAAAAAAAAAAUGAAAAAUAUAUAAAUAUAUAAAAUGAUAUUCAUUAAAAUGCUUAAAAAAAAACAAAUAAUAAUAA